AUGGGCAGCCUGGGGCCUGGCAGGCCACCCCGGGUGCGCGUUCCCUACUCAGUUCUGCUGCUGCCUCUGGAAACAAGCCGCCAAGACCCAGGGGCCCAGAGCUUUUUCCUUUGGCUGCAGAGGAUGCAGGCUCUGGAGAGGGCACAGGACGCUCUGUGGCAGGGGCUGGAGUUGCUGGAGCAAGGCCACGCCUGGUUCCAAGACCACCUGAGGGAAGCGCAGAGCCGGCAGCUGCAUCUGGGGGCCCUGGGUGAGAAUUUUCUAACAGAGUCGCACUCAGAUCCUGGGGACCCCCAGUUAACCCAGAUUCAAAGAGUGAACAAGUGUCUGCAAACUCUGAUUGAGAAGUUCCCCCCACGUCCAUUAAACAAGGCUAGUUCCCACGCCACCCAGUUCCCGAAGGAAAAGCCAGAGCCGCAGACUUGGUGGCAGCGAGAGGGGUUGGCAAGGAAGCGGAAGGGAGUCAUCCGGCCCCAGGGGGAGAUGGCUAGGUCAGGCUGCUCGCAGGGGCGGAGGGGCCCUACCCGCGUGUGAAGCAGCCCCUCCACGCCCCUGGCGCUGGGGAAGGAGAAGGUGGAAUCAGGAACUCCCCUCCCCGCUCCUGUCUUCAUCCCACAGCCCCAGGGCUCCAGGACGUGUAUCAAUUCCAUUCAAAACAACUGAAUCCAGACAUCUCGGUAUAAAGUGUAUCUAUCCUCUGCUCCUGCCAACUUCCAUUUUCUCUUCUUUAUGCUUUGAUUUUUAUCUAUUCUACAUGUUGAAAAAAAUGUGCCAAAAGAAGAAUUUCUCCAGAGUCUUCC